GUUUUAUUCACGUGUUUCAAACGAGCGGAUAAAAAAGAAGUGAAAGUGGCGCAGCUUGCAGGUGCCGUUGGUGAAAUGUCCGCUUAUCAUCACGGCGAGGCUUCACUGAUGUCAACGAUAGUAAAUUUGGCGCAAGAUUACGUUGGUUCGAAUAACAUAAAUUUGUUGCUUCCAAUUGGUCAAUUCGGAACACGGUUGCAAGGCGGCAAAGAUAGCGCCAGUCCGCGUUAUAUUUUCACUCAACUAAAUCCGGUUACGCGUGCUCUGUUUCCUUCUGUUGAUGAAAACGUACUUCGCUUCCUGUACGAAGAAAACCAACGAAUAGAGCCUGAAUGGUAA